AUGCCCAGAGUACGCACUUGGGGUCACACGCAGGGACUCCUGGCCCUACUCAGGAAGCUCAAGUCGACGCCAGACCGCGAGCUGCGGAUCCUGCUGCUGGGUCUCGACAACGCCGGCAAGACGACCAUCCUCAAAAAGUUGGCGUCGGAAGACAUCGCCCACAUCACACCGACACAGGGUUUUAACAUCAAAAGCGUGCAAGCUGAAGGCUUUAAACUGAACGUCUGGGAUAUCGGCGGCCAGCGCAAGAUUCGACCUUACUGGCAGAAUUACUUCGAAAACACCGAUGUGCUGCUGUACGUGAUUGACAGCUCGGAUAGGGCGCGCUUCGAGGAGACAGGCGUGGAGCUGGCCGAACUUCUCUCAGAGGACAAGUUGCUGGGAGUGCCGUUGCUUGUUCUGGCCAACAAGCAGGAUUUGGUGCAUAGCGCGCCUGCGGCUGAGCUGGCCGAUGGCCUCAACCUGCCCGCCGUCCGUGACCGGCCCUGGCAGAUACAGGCCUGCAGUGCGCUUUCCGGCGAGGGUCUUAAGGAUGGACUUGAAUGGGUGUGCAAGACCAUUAAAAGGAAGUAAAGCAAUGCUGAACGCUGCACAAUUACACUCCUUGCAAUAGGGUAUCCCAGCACUGCGAAGCAGAAUGGUUUACAGAGCACUUUCUGUUCGAUGGCAUUGACAUAACUUUAUUCAGCACAAAAUGCAGUCAGCAAGUAAAAGAUGCAGGUUUCCCGCAAAGCAUCUCACAACAGUGUUUACCAGCAGAUCUAUUAUCACUACUCCUCCCAAGGACAAGCAAGCUCAGUGAAAACAUGACCGACUGGUUUUCUUAGUCCCAAAAUGAGAGUGCUUCUGAGGGAUUUGAACAGGAGUGGGCAGUGCCUGCCAGAAAUCUCCACUGUCAUUUCUCUGUUCCUUGAUUGCCAAAAUUUCCCAAGUAAACCUAUCAGUCACUAUUAUAAUCUUCUUAAUGAACCUAAACUGUACCUAAAAGAGCCUCAUUCUGGUGUUGUGCCACAAUAUGCAGCAAAGUGCACUGAAGGAGUGAUAUUAUGGCAUGA